CGUUCUCCAAAUCCAAGUCCUACAAUGUUUUGUUCAUUCAGUAGACACACAUGUCUUCCAGACAAUUGACUUUCAAGUAUGAUUUUUCUGGCCUUUCUCAAUCACAUUUUGUGACAAUCAUGCCAAAAAGGCGUGAGCACAAUAGCCGUUGGAUUCCAAGUGGAUUCGCCAAGAAGCUUCUUACCACAAACAGAUCUCCCAUGCAAGAUCCACCUUUUGUUUCGAUCCCUGAAUUCUUGAGAACAAUGCAUCAUUCAUCAUGAUCAAAAGCAUCGAGACAAGAGGAUCAUUCGUCGUGCAACGCUCAGAUGCACAGUGGAGAGAAGGGAUAUAUAGUCUCCCACUAGACCCAUUUGUGUCUCUCACCAUCCUCUCUGAUCAUCCACGGUCUCUUCUACACACCCAUUUAUUGGUGUAAAAACCUUCACAAUCAUUCAAGAUGCAAUUCCUUCAAGCUCUCCUCGCUGCCGGCUUCCUAGCCUCAUCUGUCGUUGCGCAUCCAGGUGAACACGAUAUCAUCCCCUCCAUGUCCGAGAUUCUAAAGCGUAGCACGCUCGCAAAGCGUUGCGCUGGAGCCGUAGGUGAUAUGAAUAAGAAGAGAUGGGCGAAGAGACAAGCCAAGCGUAGUCUCGAAGCUCGAAAGGCUGAAAAUACUACCUUUGAGAUCACGACUGAAGCUCCUUUCUACGAUGUCCUUCAGAAUGAUACUUGUGUUCUGACUUCGACUGUCACCGAAGGCCCAUACGUUUGGCCACGAUCUCAAACCCUUCGUCAGGAUAUGACUGAGGGCCAAGCCGGUGUCCCCAUGCUCCUCGACGUUGGCGUUCUCGAUAUGGCUACCUGCGAGCCACUCGAGAACGUCCUUAUGGGUUUUUGGCACUGCAACGCCACGGGUUCUUACUCCUCAUUCACUAAACUCUCCCCCGAUACUCCUUUCGAGGAACUCCUCGAAUCCAUGAAUAUCACCGACAGCUUCGAGAUCGGCGUUACAGAUCUCCACACCGACGAGACGACCCCGACUGACUCCGACGGCAUGAUGGAAAUGAAGACCAUCCUGCCAACGGCACGAUCUCGAGUGAAAAACCGAGUUAGCACUGGCCAGAUCUACAUCAAUGAGACGCUUUCGGAGCAGUUGAUGGCGCUUGAGCCUUAUGUUUCGCAUACUGCGAUCAAUCGAACUACUAACGCCGAUGAUUCUGUGUUCGAUCAGGAUGUCGUUGGUGGGUAUAACCCGGUCAUUGACUUUGUUGCCAUGGACGGUGUUGAUGUUGCGAAUGGAAUUAUUGGGUAUAUCACUAUCGGGAUCGAUACCACCGAUGUUCAGACUGGUAGUGUCAGUGGUGCAGCUGCUUAGUGACAAGGUCGUCAGGGAGAGAACGGUGGAGAUGAUUGUAUUGUAGGGGUGUGGGAGGCAGAGACAUAAAUAGAGAGCCGAAAUAAAAUUGAGGUCCAGACUGGCAGUCUCAGUGGUGGAGGACCUGCUUAGUGAUUGUACGGUCAGAGAGAAGAUGUCGGAGAUGAGAUGAGAUGAGUGUAUUAUGAAGACGUGC